ACCUCCUCUACCGCCCCCACCGCGCACCCCGCAGACGCAUCGCAGCCAUGGCCUCCGAGCCAGUCAACCUCCACAAGGACCCCCUCACCGGCGAGCUCAUCUCCAAGACCGAGCUCAAGCGUCGCGAAAAGCAGCGCGAAAAAGACGCGAAGAAGGCUGCUGCCGCCGCCAAUGCACCGCCUACAGCUGCCAAGGCCGCGGCUCCCAAGGACGAGGACCUGAACCCAAACCAAUACUUUGAACUACGCUCCCGCCAAAUUCAAAAGCUGCGCGAGACACAGAACCCCAACCCCUACCCCCACAAGUUCGACGUAUCCAUCUCCAUUGCCUCGUACAUCAAAAAAUACGGCAAGGAGGGCUUGAUCGAGCCCGGGAGCAAGCUCGAGGGCCAGGUCGAGAUGGUCGCCGGCCGCGUCCACAACAUCCGUGCCGCCGGUCAGAAGCUGCGCUUCUACGAUCUGCACGGCGAGGGGCACAAGGUGCAGAUCAUGGCCACCCAGCAGGACGACGACGACCCUGAUUCGUUCAUCACCACCCACGACAUUUUCCACCGCGGCGACAUCGUCGGUGUCGUCGGCACUCCCUCCCGCACCAAGAAGGGCGAGCUCUCCAUCACCCCCUUCAAGAUGGUCCUCCUCGCGCCCAACCUCCACCAACUGCCCUCGGGUCACUUUGGCCUCAAGGACCAAGAGACCCGCUACCGCAAGCGCUACCUCGACCUCAUUCUCUCCGACGAGACCCGGCGCAUUUUCGUCACGCGCAGCCGCAUCAUCAACUACAUCCGCCGCUUCAUGGACACGCUCGGGUUCCUCGAGGUCGAGACGCCCAUGACGAGCAUGAUCGCCGGCGGCGCGACCGCCAAGCCCUUCGUCACGCACCACAACGACCUCGACCUCGACCUCUACCUCCGCAUCGCGCCGGAGCUCUACCUCAAGCAGCUCGUCGUCGGCGGGCUCGACCGCGUGUACGAGAUCGGACGCGUGUUCCGCAACGAGGGCAUCGACCUCACGCACAACCCCGAGUUCACGAUCUGCGAGUUCUACAUGGCGUACGCGGACAUGUACGACGUGAUGGACAUCACGGAGGCCCUGAUUGAGGGCAUGGUCAAGUCUCUGACCGGGCAGACGACGCUCAAGUACCAGCCGGAAGGCAAGGACGGGAAGGAAUACACGCUCGAUUUCCGGAGGCCGUGGAAGAGGUACGACAUGAUCGAGACCCUGGAGGAGAAAUUGGGCGUCAAGUUCCCCCCGGGCGACACCUUGCACACCGACGAGACUAACGUCUUCCUCCGGGACCUGUGCAAGAAGCACAACGUUGACUGCAGCGAGCCCCGAACGAACACUCGUCUGCUCGACAAGCUCGUCGGCGAGUUCAUCGAACCGCUUUGCAUUUCCCCCGCCUUCAUCGUCGGCCAUCCACAAGUGAUGUCUCCGCUCGCCAAGUGGCACCGCUCGCGGCCGGGCUUGUGCGAGCGUUUCGAGGGCUUCAUGUGCGGCAAGGAGUUCUGCAACGCCUACACCGAGUUGAACGACCCCUUCGAGCAGCGCGCGCGCUUCGAGGAGCAGGUGAGGCAGAAGAACCUGGGCGACGACGAGGCUCAGGACAUCGACGAGACGUUCGUCGACGCCCUCGAGCACGGUCUCCCGCCCACCGGCGGGUGGGGCAUCGGCAUCGACCGGCUGGUCAUGUUCCUCACCAACUCCACCAACAUCAAGGAGGUGCUCCUCUUCCCCGCGAUGAAGCCCAUCGAGACGGCCGUGAACGCCGCGGUCGCGAAUCCCGGGCCUGGCGGGCAGGUUUAGGGUCUCUGCCGCUUGGCUUUUGCUCGGAGAUGCGCACUCCUCCGUGCUCCCCUGUGCCAAGAACGGUUGUCGGACGGCGGCCCCGCGAAGGCUUGGCUAUCCGUCGUUGGCCUGCAUGUAUCUCCCCCGAGUCUCGAGUAUCUAGAAAAAGAAAACGACGCACUGCUAGGACAAGCGCGCGUCGGUGUUAUCUCAUCGUCACGCCUAUAUAUGCACAGGGGGGAUCUCCCGAGCACCCAUGCG